GGCUGGUGACCCAAGCUCUUGCUUCAUCUGUUAAAUCCUGUCUACUCACUGAUGAAAAUAGAACAGUUAUUUGGUUACAAAGAAUGUCUAGAGAAAUCCAGCCUCCAGGAUCACCUAUCAGUUAGAGAAGCCUUCCCAGACAUUUUAGCUAAAGACACCCUCACAGUUAUGUACUUACUGUAUGGUAUUUGUAUAUACCGUUUAAAACUGUCAAACAUCUUCCUACUGUGUUUGUUAGUUUCUCUCGUUAGACUGUAAACUCCUUGAGGACAAGGAAUUUGUUGGUUUUGUUCACAUCUGAAUUUCCAGUGCCUCAAAGAGUUCCCAGGGCCCUGGUGGGUCAGUGGUUAAAUGUUUGGUUACUAACCAAAAGGUUGGCAGUUGGAAUCCACCGGCCACUCCUUGGAAACCCUGUGGGGCAGCUCUGUUCUGUCUAUGGGGUCGCUAGGAGUUGGAAUCUACUCUGAGGGCAAUGGGUUUAGAAGAGUUCCUAGAGUCCUUGGGUGGUGCGGAUGACUAACCAAGAGGUUGUCAGUUUGAGUCCGCCCAGAGGCACCUGGGAAGAAAGGCCUGGUGAUUGACUUCUGAAAAAUCAGCCGUCAAAAACCCUAUGAGCACAAGUCUACUCUGAUACAUGUAGGGUUGCCAUGAGUCAGAAUUGAUUUGACAGCUCCUAGUUUUUUUAGAAGAAUUCAUGGCGCUAGUUAGGGACUCAGUAAAAUACUUCAUAAAUAAGGAUCAAUUUCCUAAUGCCAGUGCAGGGGUUCCUAUGCUGUACUCUGCCCUAGAAAUGAAUGCUAGAGUUGGUAACCAGAGGGAUCAUGUUUAACAAAGCCAGAGUGGGUAUUUAUAAAGAUGAGGUUGCAUUUCAAGUUUAAAAAAUUGUCUGGGAGUAGCAUUGUUGCUUAAUGUGAGGGAUUGAUACAGGAAGUACAGGAGAGAACACAAGACAAACCAUUCAUAUUUAAUAAAUGUAUUACCAAAGUGGUAAUACUAGUCAUCUAGUGCUGCUAUAACAGAAAUACCACAGGUAGAUGGCUUUAACAAAGAGAAGUUUAUUUCCUUACAGUGAAGUAGGCUAAAAGUACAAAUUCAGGGCAUCAGCUCUAGGAGAAGGGUUUCUCUCUCUGUUGGCCUUCUCAUCAAUCUUCCCCUGGACUAGGAGCUUCUCUGCACAGGGACCCCAGGUCCAAAGGACACGCUCUGCUCCUUGCAGUGCUUGAUUGGUGGUAUGAGAUAUCCCCUGUCUCUCUACUCACUUCUCUCUCAUAUCUCAAGAGAUUGCCUCAAGACACAAUCCAGUCUUGUAGAUUGAAUCUGGCCUCACUGACACAACUGCCAGGCGUUUUCCCUUAUUAACGUCAUAGACGUAGGAUUUACAACAUACAGGAAAAUCAUACAAUAUUGAGAAUCAUGGCCCAGCCAAAUUGAUACACAGAUUUUGGAGGGGGGGCAUAAUUCAAUCUGUGACAAGGAGCCUUAGGAAAAUUAAUCUAUUGCAGUGAGGAAUUCCUUCCAGUUCUAACAUGGUUGUGUUUCUAAGCUGCCAGUGAAAGUCAAGGAGGAUACAAACAUACCUGAAAAGGUGGAACUUAAAACAUACAUGCGUAUAGCCAGGGAAAGACCCUGAAGCCACAUUGACAAACGAUAUGUAUCAUUUAAUAGAGUCAAAAUAGAUGCUUAGAUAUUAUUAAAUUUUCAGACUUAUAAUUUCAGUGAACACUCUGGUAUAUUUCUUCAGAGAAUUUUUUUUGUCAGAGCUGAAGGGGAUUCCUUCUCCUGAAAACUUUCUCUGCUUCUCCACCCUAAGAUAAUAAUACCUGUAUUUCAGAGGGUUUCUUAAGUAAAUUAUGGUAUGUCUAUACAAUGAAUGGAAACCCUGGUGGCAUAGUGGUUAAGUGCUACAGCUGCUAACCAAAUGGUCAGCAAUUGGAAUCCACCAGGCGCUCCUUGGAAACUCUAUGGGGCAGUUCUACUCUGUUCUGUAGGGUUGCUAUGAGUCGGAAUCAACUCGACGGCACUGGGGUUGGGAUACAAUGAAUUACUAAAAGGCCUUAAGAAUGAGAUAUUUCUGUAGGUGCUUGUAUUUCUGAGAUUGCCAAGAUUCACAUAUUCCAGAGCAGUAUGUAAAGCAUGAUUUCCAGAGCCCAAACAUUAUGUACAGUGAAACCUGUGAGAGCCGGAGCUCAGCAGAACUGCAUUCAUGGUUUUUCCAAGUCUCCCAAGUUCGCUGCCUUUAACGGGGUACAGUCUUACCACUUUUCUAUUGCUCCUUUUAGUGGAAAAUACUUGAGUUUUCCUUCACUAACGGGUUUCCACCUUACACAGGUUCCAGCUUUUGCAGGUCUUAAGAGCUCGACUGCUAACCAAAACCUCGGCAGUUUGAGUCUGCCAGCUGCUGCUUGGAAACCCUAUGUGUCAUUUCUCCUCUGUCCUCUAGGGUCACUAUGAGUUGGAAUCGACUUGACGGCAAUGGGUUUGGUUUUGGUACCGGUACUGUAUGUGUACAUAGUGUGUGAAGGAGCCUGGUACCUGACAGUCGUGAAGUGCUUGGCUCCUAAUCAAAAGGUCUGAACUCACCAGCUGCUUUGUGGGAGAAAGAUGUGGCAGUCCGCUUCUGUAAAGAUUUACAGCCUUGGAAACUCCGUGGGGCAGUUCUGCUCUGUCCUAUAGGGUCACUAUUGAGUGGGAGUUGACUUAACAGCAGCAGGCAACAAGAACAUAGUGUGUGCAUAAAUGCUUCGUGUAUGCUCUAUACAAUCCAUAAUACAUACGAUGACAUUGAAAAUAAAGUGGUGGCAGAUCUAGGAUGUGGUUGUGGAGUGCUUAGCAUCGGAACUGCAAUGUUAGGAGCAGGGUUGUGUGUUGGAUUUGACAUAGAUGAAGAUGCAUUGGAAAUAUUUAAUAGGAAUGUGGAGGAGUUUGAGUUAACAAAUGUUGACAUGGUUCAAUGUGACGUAAGCUCAUUAUCUAAUAGAAUGUCCAAGUCAUUUGAUACAGUAAUUAUGAAUCCUCCCUUUGGGACCAAGAAUAAUAAAGGGACAGAUAUGGCUUUUCUGAAGACUGCUUUGGAAAUGGCAAGAACAGCAGUGUAUUCUUUACACAAAUCCUCAACUAGAGAACAUAUUCAAAAGAAAGCUGCAGAGUGGAAAGUCAAGAUAGAUAUUAUUGCAGAGCUGAGAUAUGACCUGCCAGCAUCAUACAAAUUUCAUAAAAAGAAAUCAGUGGACAUUGAAGUGGACCUAAUUCGAUUUUCUUUUUAAAACUCUCCAAAGACAAAAGGUUGCAUCAGUUGGGAAGCCUUUCUGUGAAGAAUGGGAAGAAAUGAACAAAUAAUUAUUUCAAGUAAACAACUUGCCAGAAAUUCUGACUCACUGUCUUGAAACAAAGCCAGGACAUACAUACAUAUAUAAAUAUCUAUCCAUCUCUUUCUAAACCUCUUAACAGCCCAUGUUAAGACCCAUUGUUCUCCAUUACAAUGCAAGUGACUGUGACUCAUUUAUCAAAUGUGCUUCAAAAUAAUCCAGUUAGCAGCAGAGGUAAAACAUGAUUAUCCACAUGUUGUUAAUAACUGUUGAAAUUGGUUGAGAGUACAUUAUACUAUUCAUUCUACUUUUGACUAUUUGAAAUUUUCCAUAUUAAAAAAUCUACUUGAAAAUGAAUCUACUACAGAAAAUUGCUAGCAAGUUUACCAGUUGCUGUUGAGUUGAUGCUGACUCAUGGUGACCCCAUGUGUGUCAGAGUAGAACUGUGCUCCACAGGGUUUUCAGUGACUGAUUUUUCAAAAGUAGACUGCCAGGCCUUUCUUCCGAGGCAUCUUUGGGUGGACUCAAACCUCCAACCUUUCAGUUACCAACCAAGCAUAUUAAUCCUUUGCACUACCCAGGGACUCCGCUAUCAAGUUUAGCUGUUGACAGAUAAGAAUAGCUGAUACACACUGGGUGCUUACUAUAUGGCAAAGAUUUUGUCCAAUGUCCUACAAUCUUCUUCUUUUAAUUUUCACAAUAGUUCUAUAAGAUAAAAAUACUAUCCUCGUUUAAGAAGAUAGGGCUUAGAGAGGUGAAAAACAUUGUCCAAGGACGUACCGUAAGUAGUGAAGCUGUUCCUGAACCCUUAUGUUUAUCUGCUCUAACAUGUUUCUUUUCUAAAUAAAUGUUAUAUAUAAUUAUAUGUAAUAAAGGCCCACUUACGAUAUAA